AUGUCCGCGCAACAUCCUCACAAUGAUGGCGACGAGGACAUCUACCUCGGUGCUGAUGAAGGAGAGGAAAUCAUCAACCGCGAUGAGGACCACCCCAUGGACUCUGACGGAGAGGAUGAGGACCAGGCCAUGACCUACGAAGAACAAAUUACCUUCCAGAAUGAUUCGUCUGCGCAUUUCGACUCGCACUCAGACUCUGUCUUCUGUGUCGCACAGCAUCCUGUACAUAACAACAUUGUCAUUACUGGCGCAGGUGACGAUACCGCCUACAUUUUUGACUCAACCCCCAGCCCGCGCCCCGUUCUCCCUCAGAGCUAUGAAUCGAACCCCCAACCCCGGGAACGCGAGUCUCUGGUACCUCUGGCUAAGUUCGAUGGACACACUGAUACCGUGAAUGUGGUGGCAUUUACUGAGCCGGCAGGAGAAUAUGCGUUGACAGCGGGUCUGGACGGCAAAUUGCGAGCCUGGCGGGACUCGACUCCUCAGAAGACUGGCUUCGCCUGGGAAUUUUUGGCCGAGGCUCAGGAAGUGGAGGAGAUCAACUGGGUGUCUGUCUGCCCUUACCAGCAAGGCAGCGAAGAAAAGCGCAAUGUGGUCGCUCUGGGUGCCAAUGACGGCAGCACUUGGGUAUUCCGCAUUGAUGCCGCCGACGCUCAACCUAUCUCUAUCAUUCAGACUUUCUUCCAGCAUACUGCUUCCUGCACGGCUGGUGCCUGGACACCGGAUGGAAAUUUGCUGGCAACAGUGUCUGAGGAUGGAAGUCUCUAUGUCUAUGAUGUGUUUGGAGCCGCCGCGGCCGCAGGUUUCACUGGAUCUCCUGGUACCAAUGCGGUUGUCGUAUUGACCGCAGAGGACCAGCGAUUUGCUGUGGAAGGUGGUCUUUAUUCUAUUGCUAUUUCUCCCGGUGGUGGGAUUGUGGCAGUUGGCGGUGCCGAGGGCCAUAUUAAGAUUGUCGGUCUUCCUCGACUUGCAGGUGCUGUGCCUACCGGAAAGGGCAAGGCUGCCAGUACACAAUCCGCUACAACCUCUGCCGCAGGCACUAUCCUUGCCGAUCUCCAGGCUCAAUCAGACGGUAUCGAGACUCUGUCCUUCUCCCAACCCCCAUUGACCCUCCUCGCCGCGGGUUCAGUCGAUGGGUCGAUUGCACUCUUUGAUGCAGCUCAUCGCUUUGCUGUUCGCCGGCAUAUCAGAGACGCUCACGAUGGCAAUGCUGUUGUGAAGGUUGAGUUCCUUCAGAGUCGUGCUUCACGCCCGGGUCCACCUGCAUCCGCUAGUGCGGGACGCCCAUACCUGCUUACUUCAGUUGGCUUGGAUGGUGUUGUCCGACGGUGGGAUGCCCGUGGAGGCACUGCCGCCGCUGGAAAUGGCUUGUUGAAGGAGUGGAGGGGACAUAUGGGAGCCACGGAGAACGAAGAAGGUGAACAAGCUGGCGGAAUUAUGGGCUUUGUUCAAGGAUUUGAGGGAAAGCGUAUUGUCACUGCUGGUGACGAUGGGAUCUCACUGGUGUUCGAGGAUGAGUAA